UCGUGUUAGAUGUCCUAGGGGCUAGAUCGUGGCCAAUCAAUACAAAUUUUUAGUUUUAAGAAUGACGUCAUAAUUUUAGCCAAAUUUAUUGCAAAAAACACCGAAAACAUAAGUUCAUUUUUGAAAAAAUCAUCAAGCAACGCGUUUCAAGCCAAAUAAUCAACGAAAUGGAGCAACUUCAGCUGAAAACCAGCCGUAAUCAACUCAUAUAACCUCUUUUGCAAGCCUCCGAAUCAGCCAAAAAUGCCUGAACAAAGCAAUGACUACCGUGUGGUGGUUUUUGGGGCCGGCGGAGUGGGCAAAAGCUCCCUGGUUUUGAGGUUCGUCAAAGGGACCUUCCGGGAAAGUUACAUCCCGACCAUCGAAGACACUUAUCGCCAAGUAAUAAGUUGCAACAAAAACAUAUGUACUCUUCAAAUAACGGAUACGACGGGGUCACAUCAGUUCCCUGCGAUGCAAAGAUUGUCGAUAAGCAAAGGUCACGCGUUUAUUUUGGUCUACUCGGUUUGUAGCAGACAAAGUUUGGAGGAGUUGCGGCCCAUUUGGGAGGUCAUUCGGGAGCUAAAAGGACCGGAUCUUAGCCAGAUUCCCAUCAUGUUGGUGGGGAAUAAGUGCGACGAAAGCGCGGAACUCAGAGAGGUGAGCACCUCCGAGGGCCAGGCCCAGGCGCAAGAGUGGGGCGUGAGCUUCAUGGAGACGUCUGCAAAGACCAACCACAACGUGAAGCAGCUGUUCCAGGAGCUCCUCAACUUGGAGAAGUCCCGGAACGUGAGUCUCCAAAUCGGAGGCAAGGCAAACAGUCGCGUCGCCAAAGAUAAGUGUGACCUAAUGUAAAACGAGUCAAAUGUAUCGAAUCCGCGGAUACUUUCCGAUAUUUGCAACCUUGUAAAUAUCAGUCUUGUUAACCUGACCAAGCUUUAAUGGCCGGGCAAGUGGGAAGAGGCUGUUCCGUUGCGUGUACCCUUGUUGACUGUUAACCGAUAAAGUGCCCAUCUCUGUGGACAAUAUUAGCUACUCUACAUGUUUUUGUCCUGUAAAUAACCGCACAUUUUCACUUGCUCGGCCCGAAUUUGUUAAGGGCCGACUGCUGGCACUCUUUCGUUCCAUAUUGAUCGUUUGGUGUGUGCAACAAGCACCGUUUUCAUCCUGAUUUAGUGAUAAAUAAAUACAACGCAGUCGGGUCCAUCCAUCAUUGUUGAAUACGAAAGUUAGGUGUAUUCCACACAUCACACACAUGUCACAAUAGCAUAUCAGUAUAAGUAGUACGAGCGUAUCGUAGGAGCUGUACCGGCGUUAGAGUAUGCCGACUUUGAAGUAGGGUUAAAAAUGCUGUGAGUUAGUGAGUUAGAAAGUGCAUACUCCCAUGCCACCCCAUCAAAGCAUUUCAUCCACUUAUUUGUGAUCCCUUUAAUUUGAUAGUUGCACGCUGGAGUGCUUUGAUGGUUCCACUUUUAAAAUUUUUAGACUGGGUGCUAAAGCAACAUUGUUCGUGUUAUUAAUAUUUGUUAUUCACGCUUUAUAGUGUUCACUAUAUGAACUGCAAUUGUGAUCGAUUUAUAAACGUAUUUAUGCAACGAAUAUAUAAAGAACUAAAUAAAAUAGCGUAGCAAAAAUGUACUCAAAAUACUUUUGACUUUGCUCGGUAGAAGCCAUUUUACUACAUUUAUUGCGUAAAAUUGGAAAAAUCGCUUUUAUUAGCAGUACUAAAAUAAAGUCGUUUUAUUCUAAAAAUUUACUUAUUUUACUAGAAUAAAAUUGUUAUUAAUAUAGUGAACUUAAGGAACAAAUUUGUAUACUUGUAGAUAAUUUCAAGUCGUUUUACUCAAACAUUAUUUCAGCUCAAAUUAUGUUUCGUUGUGUUUCGUGUACCAAUAAGACAAAGACUGACAUCACUUGGUAGAAUAAAUGCUAGAAAUUCCUAUGGAAUAUUCAGUACGAUAGUUUUUAGUAUCAAUUUUAAGCAGUAAUCGCAUUUUGUAAGUAAAUCAUUCAACCCUAACAUUAAUUCCAUCAUGUCGGGUCAGUCUGCAAGACACUAUGGGCCAUUCCAACUCAAAUUCAUUUCCACCCACUAAGUUUCCACAAUGAACUGCUUCAUCGUCGAAAUCUUGGAGGUGGACACUAUUUAGAAUUUUGAUCAACUUCUAGAUAAUUAUUGUUUGUCUUUCAAUGUUCUUCUCUUCUCUCUACGUGUUUCCCUAUCCAAUAAUUUUCACUGUCGAUAAUAGUGUUGAUUGUUUUACCAGCGACUCUCAAACUUCUCAAAUUCUACAUUCCUCAUUUUGUGAUGUUAAAUUCGGUUGUAAACACAGUUUUAUUAAACAAUAAAUCCAUUACGAAUAAUAA